UGCAUGGUCCGUGUCACGAAGCACAGGAAUGAAAAAGGUCUAAAAUAUUAACACUAUCCCAUUGUCUGCAAAGUUGUGUGUACACAACAUAGUUAUUUACGAAUUACAUCGCUUUUCUAAGUUCUUCAAGGAAGCUAAAAAUGGUGACAACCGAAUUAUUAUUUAUCGGUUUGAAGUUGUUCAUGGCCAUCCCAUUUGUUGAUAUGACAGAUUCUUCGGAAGACAUGACAGGUCUCCAGUUCCUGCACAGGCACCUCUCUUCCUCCAAAGCGGAACUCGUGCUGCCCAGUCGAGAAUUCUCUCUUAAUGUGACAAAGGAGGCCACUAUUGAGCAAGGGGAAAAUUUUGUGUUCAAGCUUACAAACGGGAAAUUAUUACAGGCAAGCAACGCAGGGAGUUCUCCUGGCUCCCGAGAAAGUUGUCAAUAUAGAAUGAAUGACGCAAUAUCAUGCUAUAUUUCUAUAAUCGGCUGGUGCGCGACAUACGACGGAGAAGUAAAGCACCCAGAGUUUGGGAGUGCGAGGUUCGUUGUCACCAUCAUUCUAAAAAAAUACGAGCUACCACUAAACCCUGCUGAUAUUUGGAUAUACAUGAAAUUUGCAGAAACCUCCUCAGGUCGUUACACUAGCACAACGCCUUCAGAUUUUGUGCUGGAUAUGAGUACAAAGCCUCAUUUGAUGCAGCUUGACAUGUUCAAGACGAACGACCUCCCAGAAAAUACAUGGGAUAAACUAAAGAAGAUAAUGAGGUGGGAUCUCAAGAUGGAUAUAAUGAAUGCGAUGAUGACUAGAUACAAAACGUGGGUUGAGAAGGAAGUACGGUACUAAUAAAGUUUACAGGGAGUUGACCUAAUUGAGCUGCA